CCCGUCUCGUCCGCUCCACCCAAUUCAAACCCCUCUCUCUCCUCUCUCCUCCCGCUCUCGCUUGUCUCUGUUGUCUGUGAGUAGACAUCGCGUCUGCAGAAUCAGCGAUCACGAACAUGGUAGCCAUUUUCAGGAACUCGGAAGACAAUGCCUCUGUCGAUGAUCCACUCUUGCCAUGGCUUUGGUCGGUUAAGAAGGGACUUGAUAGUUUGAACUCCAGUACAGAGACUGAAAAUCUUCUAAAGGACUGCAUUGUGAAAUUCAGGGAUGAUGAUAGAUACCGGAAUGACAUUCGAUUUCUGAAGAUAUGGCUUCUAUAUAUGGAUACCGUUGAUGACCUUGAGAGAGUUUUCAGAACAAUGGAGGAAUACAGGAUUUGUCUCACUCAUUCCCUACUCUAUGAAUCCUAUGCUCUGUUACUAGAGUCAAGGGGAAACUUGCUAGAGGCGCAUGGUGUUUAUAAACUGGGCAUUUCGAGGAAUGCUAAACCGAUCGAGCGCCUGAAGAAGGCCUACAAAUUAUUCCUCAAUCGAAUGUCUGAAAUAGUGAAUACCUGCUCGAUUCAGGAGAGUGAUCUUAGUGCAGCUGUUGAGCUUGGAAAGGAUUCUAUAAACCCUUGGUUGAUUUCCACCAUUAAAGAUCUAGUGAGGAAGAUAAAUCCUCAAAUGUCGAAGUACAAUGGAUACCAUUUAAGUACUAAAACAUAUCCAGGAAAGGUGCCCUUAUCUUCUUUGCAAAACUCCUCAAGGAAUAAGAUCAUUGAGAUAGGUGGAAAGAAGUACCAGAUCAAAGGCUGCGCAGGUCAAGGUGGAUUUGCUCAAGUAUUCAAAGCAUAUGUUAACAGUAAUCCUGAUGAAGUUGUUGCUUUGAAGAUACAAAAACCUCCUUUCCCCUGGGAGUUCUACAUGUAUCGUCAACUGGACAAGCGUAUCACUGAUGAGGAAAGAUUAAGCUUUGGUUUUUCUCACAAGGUGCAUAUCUAUUCUGACUAUAGUAUAUUAGUCUGUGACUAUUUAUCCCAUGGAACACUUCAGGAUGCUAUAAAUUCAUAUCUGGUGGUUGGCCAGAAUAUGGAAGAAGUGUUAUGCAUUUAUUACACCAUAGAAAUGCUUCACAUGCUGGAGACUCUUCACAGUGUCAAUAUAAUUCAUGGUGACUUCAAGCCGGAUAAUUUGCUUAUGCGCUAUUCCAGUGAUGAUCUUACAGAGGAUGGGUUCCGCAAUCGAACCGGUCCCUGGCGUAAUCAGGGUCUUUGCCUUGUAGACUGGGGAAGAGGAAUAGACCUAAGCCUCUUUCCUGAAGGUACAGAGUUCCAGGGAGACUGUCGGACGUCUGGCUUCAGAUGUGCUGAAAUGCAAGAGAAUAGGCCAUGGAAAUUUCAGGUUGACACUUAUGGCCUCUGUGUCAUCGUGCAUAUGAUGCUACAUGGGACAUACAUGGCUAUAGAAAAAAAGGUCUCUCCAGAUGGAACAUAUCUCUAUCAACCCAAAUCGUCUUUGAGGCGGUACUGGAACGUUGAUCUCUGGAGGAGCUUAUUCUCUAAAUUACUCAAUCACAGUUCCAGUGACGACAAUAGAAGGGUGCUGCAAGACUUGAGGGAGUCAUUUGUGGAUUACAUGUGUUCCAAUCCUCAGUUAAUUAAGAAACUAAAGCAAUUACUCGUGAAGCAAAGAACUUCCUUGUGUUCUUCUUAGCCCUUACACAGGUUGCGAAUUAUCCCUCUGUUUCAUUCUUGUAUUCCCUGUAUGAGUUAUACCAUAGUGUAAAUUUUCCUGCUUUUGUUUUGUUGUCUUUUUUUAUUUUUGUUUUCAGGCUGUUUUGCUCCCCUUUUCCUUUGUAGGCUGCAUUUGUUUGAGGCGUAAAUUCAAAUUUUAUAUCAUGGAAAAAAUGAAUCGAUUUAGUGA